AUGGACCUCAAUUUCCCCAUCUCCACCCACUUCUGGGGCAGCCUUGGAUCCUCUCUCCAGUGCACCCUCUUCCUGUCCCUGUCGGGUGUCCCUGCCCCCAGCCAGACACACCUGGACGUGGCGAAAGGGGCUCGGGCCAAGGUUUGGAGCCACUCAUGCCACCCUGAGCGGGGAGCUUUGGUCCUCACGACCCCCAGGGGCUCAGAUGCUGUUUCCCUUUGUGGCCUAGGUGCGGUGGAGGCUUGCCUCUUGCAUCAGCUGAGAUGCCAUGCCACUGGCUUCCUGCGCAGUGACAAGAUGGCAGCCCUGUUCACCAAGGUGGGGAAGACGUGCCCAGUGGCAGGGGAGAUUUGCCACAAGGUAAAGGAGCUGCAGCAACAAGCAGAGGGCAGGAAACCCUCAGGGGUCAGCCAGGAGGCCCUGUGGAGACAGGGCUGAGUCAGCGGGAAGGCCCCGGCCCUCAGCCCUCAGGCCUUGAAACACAUAUGGGUACGCGCGGUGCUCAUCGAGAAAGUUCUGGACAGGGUUGUGCAAUACCUGGCAGAAAACUGCAGCAAGUACUACGAGAAGGAGGCAUUGCUGGCAGACCCUGUGUUCGGCCCGAUCCUGGCCUCUCUUCUAGCGGGACCCAGUGCCUUGGAAUACACUAAGCUCAAGACAGCCAAUCACUACUGGACUGACCCCUCUGCUGAUGAGCUGGUCCAGAGGCACCGCAUCCGGAGUCCGCCUACUCGCCAGGACUCCCCUGCAAAGCGCCCAGCCCUGCGGAUCCGGAAACGGCACUCAAGCGGCAGCGCGUCGGAGGACAGGCUGGCUGCCUGCGCCCGCGAGUGUGUGGAGUCCCUGCGCCAGAAUUCACGGACGCGGCUGCUCUAUGGCAAGAACCACGUGCUGGUGCAGCCGAAGGAGGAUAUGGAGGCGGUCCCUGGCUACUUCUCCCUGCACCAGUCUGCAGAGAGCCUGACUCUGAAGCUGAAGUGGACCCCCAACCAGCUCAUGAAUGGGACUCUGGGGGACUCCAAGCUGGAAAAGAGCGUUUACUGGGACUAUGCCCUGGUGGUGCCCUUCAGCCAGGUCAUGUGCAUCCACUGCCACCAGCAAAAGAGCGGUGGCACGCUUGUGCUGGUGAGCCAGGAUGGCAUCCAGAGGCCGCCGCUGCAUUUCCCGCAGGGAGGACACCUACUGUCCUUUCUAUCCUGUCUGGGGAAUGGGCUGCUGCCUCGGGGACAGCUAGAGCUCCCGCUGUGGACCCAGCAGGGGAAGGGGAAGGUGUUCCCCAAGCUACGGAAAUGAAGCAGCAUUCGCUCCGUGGAUAUGGAGGAGAUGGGCACGGUGCGGGCCACCGACUAUGUGUUCCGGAUCGUCUACCCCGGCCACAGGCACGAGCACAUCACUAUUAACUACCACCACCUAGCGGCCAGCCGCGCGGCUUCUGUGGACGAUGAUGAGGGAGAGGAGGAUAAACUGCACGUGAUGCUCUCGAUCUGCUCGCGGAACAUCACAGCUCCCAAUCCGAUGAAAGAUGCUGGUGACAUGAUCGAGAUGCAGGGCUUUGGGCCCAGCCUGCCAGCUUGGCACCUGGAGCCCCUGUGCAGUCAGGGCUCCUCCUGCCUCUCCUACUCCUCCAGCAGCUCCCCACAUGCAACCCCCAGCCACUGUAGCUGCAUCCCCGACCGGUUGCCACUCAGGCUACUGUGUGAGAGCAUGAAGAGGCAGAUCGUGUCCUGGGCCUUCUACAGCUGGCUGGCACACUGCCGCCACCUGUCCACGGUGGGGACCCACCUGUCAGCACUGGUGCACCAUAGCAUUAUCCGACCUGACCGGCCCCCGGGGGCCUCCGCGGGUCUCACCAAGGACGUGUGGAGCAAGUAUCAGAAGGACAAAAAGAUGCCAAACCUCAAAGAGCUGGAGCUGCUGCGGCAAGUUUACUACGGAGGCAUAGAGCACGAGAUCCGCAAGGACGUCUGACCCGUUCUGCUUGGCCACUACAAGUUCGGCAUGAGCAAGAAGGAGAUGGAGCAGGUGAGGGGAGUGGCAGCGAGGUACCAGCAGGUGUUGGCAGAGUGGAAGGCCUUCGAGGUGGUGGUGAGGCAGCGGGAGCGGGAGGCCCACCCAGCCACACGCACCAAGUUCUCCUCAGGCAGCAGCAUCGACAGCCAUGUGCAGCGCCUCAUCCACCGAGACUCCACCAUCAGCAAUGAUAGCCUACAUUUUCCACUUGACAGUGAAGUGUUCGCCAGACACGGGAAAGUGGAGGGGCUUUCCGCACCUAGCCAGCAAGGGGCGCCCUGGGACCGGAAGGACCGGCGCCGGGAGCCGGGGGCCGGGACGUCUGCGUACUGCGGAUCCCGCCGCCCAGGGCUCGGCCCUCACUAG